ACAGGCUCUGCAAUACCUCCUUACGGAUGAGUUCGCACUCUCUCGUUUCUGUUGGCAAUUCAGGCAGCACUGGUCCAUUCCAGGCAGCCAGAUGUUAUCUAAAAGUGAUAUAACCUAGUCCAUCUUAGCGUCUAUAUCUCUUCCCGGUCAUCAAGACAUCGAGUUCCAUCAUUUUACCACAAAAAUAGUUCCAAAAUGCCGAAUCUUGGGGACGCGGAAACGAUCCGCAUCCUCGUGGCAACCGAUAACCAUGUCGGCUACAACGAGCGAGACCCCAUUCGGGGAGACGACAGCUGGAAGAGCUUCCACGAAGUGAUGUGCCUGGCCAAGGAACGUGAUGUUGACAUGGUCCUGCUGGCCGGCGAUCUGUUUCAUGAGAACAAGCCUUCGCGCAAGUCCAUGUACCAAGUCAUGCGCUCGAUUCGUAUGAACUGUUUAGGAGACAAGCCAUGCGAGCUGGAGAUGCUCAGCGAUGCCAGCGAGAACUUCCAAGGUGCAUUCAAUCAUGUCAACUACGAGGACCUGGACAUUAAUGUGGCCAUUCCGAUAUUCUCCAUUCACGGUAACCACGACGAUCCAUCGGGCGAAGGCCAUCUGGCCGCGCUGGACCUCCUCCAGGUUUCGGGAUUGAUCAACUACUACGGCCGCACGCCGGAAUCCGACAAUAUUCAGGUCAAACCUGUCCUCCUACAGAAAGGAAGAACCAAACUUGCCCUCUACGGGAUCAGCAACGUGCGCGAUGAGCGCCUGUUCCGCACAUUCCGCGACGGUAAGGUUAAGUUCUACCAGCCUUCCAUCCAGAAGGACGACUGGUUCAACCUGAUCUGCGUACAUCAGAAUCACCACGCAUACACCGAAACGGGCUAUCUCCCCGAAAACUUUCUCCCGGAAUUCCUGGAUCUGGUCAUCUGGGGACAUGAACACGAAUGCCUCAUCAACCCGCGCAGGAACCCCGAAACCCACUUCCAUGUUAUGCAACCCGGCUCUUCCGUCGCCACCUCGCUCGUCCCGGGUGAAUCCGUAGCCAAGCACGUCUCGAUCGUCAGUAUCACGGGCCGGGAGUUCAAAAGCGAGCCCAUCCGCCUCAAAACCGUCCGCCCUUUCGCCAUGCGUGAGAUCGUCCUCUCCGAAGAAAAGGGCGCCCAGAAACUCGCCCGCAAGGACAACAACCGCACCGAACUCACGCGCUUCCUCAUGAACAUCGUCGAGGAGCUUAUCGAACAGGCCAAAGAAGAAUGGCUCGAGAUGCAAGACGAGGGCGAGCCGAGCGCCACAGCAGACGACGACGAGAACCCGCAGCCCCGCGAGAUCCCUCUUCCGCUCGUCCGCCUCCGCGUCGAGAUCUCUACCCCCGAGGGUGGCAGCUACGACUGCGAGAACCCGCAACGGUUCUCGAAUCGAUUCGUCGGCCGAGUCGCCAAUGUCAACGAUGUCGUUCAAUUUCACCGCAAGAAGAAAAACACGGCUGGCACCACCCGGCGGAAGGACGGGAGCCUGGCCACGGACCUUGACGAGGCAGCCAUCUCGCACCUCUCGACCCUCGACACCGUGAAGGUCGAGCAGCUGGUCCGCGAUUUUCUUGCCACGCAGUCCCUGACCAUCCUGCCACAGAACUCCUUUGGGGACGCGGUGGCCCAGUUCAUCGAUAAGGAUGACAAGCACGCGCUGGAGAUGUUUGUGAAUGAGUCUCUCGAGAGCCAAAUCAAGCACCUCAUGGCGCUGGAUCGCGACGCAGAAGACAUCGAUGCCGGGGAGGCGCUCGCACAAAGCUCGCUGCAGAAGGCCAUGGAGAGAUACCGUACUCAAAUGGAGGAUAUGUUCACUCAGGGUGCCAAGAAGCGCAGCCGCGGCGCUCGAGGUGGUAAAAGGCGCUACAAACCCAAACCCGAUGGCUGGGAUAGCGAGUUCGAUGGUGUUUGGGAAGAUCAGCCGGGGGCGCUGAUUCACUCCGACAAUGAGAGAGAGGGUCCAAACCAGGAGGUUGCCGCGGAAGAUGGCACCGAGCCUGCUGUUACGACGACUCGUGCAUCCUCGUCAAUACGUGGCAGAGGCCGUGGGCGCGGUGGGAAAGCCGCAGCUACAAGCACGACAAGUACGCGGAAAACCACGCCGCGCGCUACAGCAACAGCGACGAAAAAAGCUACAGCCACAGCUUCCAAGAAGACCACAGGUAAGGGUCGUAGAGGCCGCGCUGCUUCGGAAGAAGAGGAUGAUGAAGAGGAAGAUGUGAUCAUGCUUGACGACGAUGACGAUGAAGAAGAUGACGACGCGGUAUCUGCCUUGCCCGAUAUUGGCGAAGAAGACGAGGAUGAUGAUUCCCAGGCUCUCUUCGUCAAGCAACCCGUAACUCGGACGCGGAGGGUAGCAGCAGCAGCACCACCCCCGCCUGUAGCAUCUACAAACAGUACUAGCCAGCGUCGUGCGGCCGCAUCAACCGCUGCUUCAAAGACUACUAGUACGGCAAGAACAGGGACAAGCACGCGCCAAACGAGGGCCCGUCAGCAAGCUCAGACUACGCUGAACUUUGUAGGCUCCCAAAAUAGUGCACCUACAAGUACGAGGCGCAGGGGUGCAAGUGUGAUGAGCGAAGCGAUUGAUGAUGACAGUGAUGGUUUUGAGCCGAUGGCGGUGCCUCGAAGGAGGUAG